AUGUUGAAAGAUGGAGAGUACACACCAGCCCGGAAAUUGUUUAAAUUGAAUGACUCCAGUCGCAUCCCAGUCACUGAGAAGGACAAAAAGGGUGUGGACGGUCAUGCUGCACCAGCUUCACCAACGUCACUUUUUUCGGAACCCUCUUCUCCCGAGGAACCAUUAAUUUCCGCACAACCUCGGCCCCUCCCUAUUUCCUCAGCGCCAGCUCUUCCUGUCAAAAAGUUUUCAAGUAGCGGCACCUCUAUAACGAUCCCACGUCGUCCCUCUCACACACUCACAAAAAUGACUAGUUCAGCACUAGAUGUGGCUUCAUCUGGAAGUGGACUUUCAACCAAGCAACGCCUUGCCCAAGGAGCACUGGAACCAAAACGGCCGAAUGCACCAUAUCUCUCCAAACCUAAAGCAAAUGCUCCCUUGCCCAGUAAGACUGUGUCGGCCACCGUGAUGAAGUCUCUCAGUUUCAAGAAAAAACCUGCGCUUUUAAGCGUCAACACGACUCCAACACUCAGCCACGACGACAUUCAUCAUGCCCCUAGCCCAACGCUGCAUCAGAUCCAAGAACCAACCCUGGCUUCCCUGAAUGCUUCCCCGUAUUCCCCCCUUUUGGAUGACACUCCAGUCGCUGGCCCCUCUCAGGUCAACAAUGCACAUGAAUGGGCGCCAUCUUUCAAUGAUCCUUUUGCUGAUGAUAGCAUAGACCACUCACAGACAUCCGUUUUCCCCCCAACCCCGACAGAUCCGCUCAUGGUUAUGGCCAACAAUUUUCUGGAAGGAAUCAUGCCACCCCAAAUUAUCGCUCCCUUACGGCCCACUGCCGACACCAGAGUUGAACCUGUUCCUCCACCUUCUCUAUAUCGUAAGCCUGCGUUGCCUGCCCGAAUUCCCAAAAAAUGGCGAUGGUCGGGGACGCUUUCGAUGGGUUCGGGAAAGGGGUUAUCUGUAACCCUGCAAGACGCCAUGGAAUCCAAACAAGAUUCAAUGCGUUUUUCGGUCGCUUUGGCAGCUAACCAGACUCUUCUAGUUCCCAGUCUUCACGACGCCGAUGAUCUGAAAUACAUUUUGUACGCAUGCCAGCUUCCCUCAUCGCUCGCGCGGCUCGGACCACAGGGAGAGGAAGAUGCUGGCCCUUUAAGAACGAUCGCUCAAUUCAUGAGUAAAAGUCACAAGGUUGCUCUAUCGCCGAUAUAUCUCGACGAGCAACUGAUCGGUCACAUUCUUCUUUUCCCCCCGACGAUAGAUCAUUUGGUCAAACAUCUCAAAGUCCCACCGGACCUCCGGCAGUCAGGUAGUUUAGUUGCUGCACUCAUUUCUUGGUCUCUUCGUCCAGCCCAGCUUUCGUGUCGAGUAGACAGACCGUGCAGCAUAUUCCUGGCACGGAAUGCGAAAAUGCCUCCUAGGGCAGAAAAGUCUACAUGGAACCGUUCACUUCGUUCCAUGGUGUCUUAUCAUCAUGCCCUUCGCGUUCUGUCCUUCCCGCACCUGCUUCAUGAAUUUCUCACUUCUGGAUCCAGUGAUCGAGGAUACUACGCAUGGCUUGGACGGAGUGAUACCCGCCAUUCAAAAAAGCAGGGACUGGAGACAGCAUUUCUCCACAACAUCAUGGCACAAACGGGUGCCAAAUAUGUCGGCUCCAAUGGCACCCCACGGGUGGUUUUUGUUCAUGUUGGUGCUCUUAAUACCCUCUACAAACUCCCGAAAUUUCCGGAAUGGAGGGCAAGAACGGCCAUACACUUUUAUACAUAUGGUACUCAUGAACGUGUUCCCUGCACUGUCUGGGGAAUACGCGAAAUUUAUCCAUGUGGGGGAGUUGUUACCUUUACUCCAAGUGCCCUGUCCAUGGAUCCUCCCUCCGUCAUUCGCACAAUUAAACAGAUCAGCAAGCACCCACUUUGGACUUGCUACGUCAUGCCAUCUGUUCUUGGAAUGCUGGCGAGAUCGGCAUGUCUGGCUGAAGACCCAGUCGCUGCCCUUAACCAGGCCAAAUUUCCAUACAAGUAUAUUUUGGACGCAAUCGAGGUGGGGGAGCUUGCAUUGCUGCAUGCACCUCCUUGUAGUCGAAACCACCCCCAAUCUGCAUCUCAGGACUGGCUCUGGAGCCAUUUAACCUUUAGCUCCUUGUCUGGUCGUAAGGCCCUCGAGAUCAGUUUGAACACCUUCACUUCCAAGUUUUCAAACGUUCCUGAAAGUGAUCUACGUUCAAAAAUGGAUGAAGAGAUCGCCCAAGACUUGUCAAUUAUGCAGCUGCAACCAGCUAUCAUGCGGGAUUAUCGCCGUUUUGUGAUCUUGAAAUACGAAAGCCAAAGUGUCAAGAUAAGCCCGCAAGGACUCGAGUGGAUAUCUUUGUCCAAUUUCGAUUUCAAGGACGAUUUCCUCACAACAAGGCCGUAA